AUGUCUCUGAUAUUGAAUAUCUUAAGAAAGAUGCUGGAAUAUUUUGGUGUCCCUAUAGACCAGGUUUUUCAGAUUGGGGAAAAUAAAGACUAUGGAUCAACUCGGAGUAUCAUUCGUAUUAUUGGGAAAAUGCUUCCAUUAGAACCUUGUCGAAGACCUACAUUUGAGUUCACCCCACUCUUGACAUCUGUGGACUCUGAUGAUUAUGGACCUGUGGUUCCAUCAUUUGCUGAUGUUUUGUGUGUAGCAAAUGAUAAAGAAUCCAGUUAUCUCAGAUUUCGAAAUAAUAGGUGGGAAAAUGAGGAAGAGGAGAAAGCUGAAGAUUUCCAUCCUGUGCACCUAGUGUGGGAUCCAUUGUCAUCUGCUCUAAGACAUAACAAACCACCGAAAAAUGAUCAGCCUGUAAAUGAAGCUGCAAUUAAAAAAAUAGCUGCUCUUGAAGAUGAGCUAGCUUUUCUUCGCUCUCAGAUUGCUGUACUUGUGGAAAUGCAGGAACUGAAAACCAGUACAAAUGCUGGCUCCUUAGACUUAAAUGACGGGCCCAUAAGCUUGCGACAAAUGCCACCAUCGAAGGCUGCUCAGCUGUCUGAGGAACCCGACGAGUUUCCAAGUCUGGGCCCUCCUUUCCCUCCGCCUCCGCCUCCGCCUCCGCCUCCGCUUCCUCCCCAGCGUUCACCGCUCCAGCCUCCGCGUUUUCCUGCGACACAACCCAAGUCUAAUAAGAUUUGUGACUCAGAUAACUUAGCGACUGAAACGAACAGACAGCAGCCAGGUGCUAGUAACACCAACAGCAGUCAUUCAGAAGGCCAGAGAAACAAAAAUGUUCCCAACAUGUUGGAUGUUCUGAAGGAUCUGAAUAAGGUUCAGCUUCGUGCUGUUGAACGGUCACCUGGUGGUAGACCCAUUCAUAAAAGGAAAAGACAAAAUUUACAAUGGGAUCCAGUAUCUCUAAUAUCUGAUGCACUUAAACAGAAAUUUGCCUUCCGAGAAGAUGAUUCUUUUGAGAAAGAAAAUAGAUCUUGGGAGUCUUCCCCAUUUUCUAGUCCAGAAACUUCAAGGUUUGGACAUCAUGUUUCGCAGUCAGAAGGACUGAACUGA